GACGCCGGGCGCUGGUCGUCCCCGCCCGCCCCCGCCGAAGCCCCGCUUGCCCGGAGGGCGGAACGGGGAAAGCCUCCCGCCAAGCCGCCCCGCGGGGUUUGGGGGGGAAGGGGAAGAAGGGGCGCCGGCGCCCCGCCUCCGCGCCCCGCGGGGAGCCCCUGACUGACGGGCGGAAGGCGGGCGGCAGCCGAGGCCGAGCCGGGGGAGAGGCUGCCGCUGCGGCGCGUCGGCGGGAGGCGAGGGAGGGAGAGGCGCGGGCGGGCGGGCAGUGCGCUGCUGCAGCUCCGUCUCGGCGCAGGCGGCAGCCUUGUGCAACCAAUAUGGCUGCGUGCGCCCGCGAAUGAAAGGAGGCGCUUGGAGCUGAAGCCAUCUCCCCCCCCGCCCCCUCCUCGCCCCGCGGCCGUGUGGCCUGUAGCGAGCGGAGGAGAGAAGUUGUCCGGGCUGCCCCGCCGGGGGGUGGGGGGUGCCCGGGGGGCGGCGGCCGCCUUUCCCGCAGGUCGCGCUCCCGGCUGUCCCCCUCCCGGGGGCAGGGGAGAGGAGGAGGAGGAGGAGGAGAAGUUUCGCCGCCCGGGGGGCGCGGAAAGGCGGCGAGAGGGGCGCCAGCUGGAGGAGGAAGAGGAGCAGCCGCCCGUGACGGCGGCUCGCCCCCCGCCUGCCUGAGGGGGAGCGCGGCGGCGGCCGCCGGCCCGGAGGAGGAGGAGGAAGAGCGAAGCCGCCCUCGGCCCAGGUCCUGCCCGGACGAAGUUUCGCCGGGGGCCGUCAGCUGCCGGAGGAGGGCGGCCGGCAGCCCCGCCUCGGCCCGCGCCUCCCCGGGGCGGCGGUGGCGGAGCGGCGGGGCCGGGGGGCGGCGGCGACGCGCGGCCCCGGCGGGCGAAGUUUGGCUGGUGGCGGCCUGCCGCGGCCAUGGAGCCCAAGCACAAGGAGCUGCUCGCUCAGUGCCGCCAGAGCCUGGCGCAGGCCAUGACCGAGGUGGACAAGGUGGUGGAGCUGCUGGAGGCCGCCGGCGCCCUCGGCCCCCGCGACCUGCGCGACCUGGAGGCGGCGGGCGGCGGGAAGGCCGAGCUGCUCAUCGCCCUGCUGCUGGCCAAGGAGCGGGACCACUUCCAGGACCUGCGGGUGGCCUUGGAGAAGACGCAGCCCCACCUGCUCUCCAUCCUCUACCUGAACGGCGUGGCGGGGGCGCCGGCGGCGGCCGAGACGGCGGGGUCUACUUACAGUGUGCUGUCCAUAAUGCCUUCUGAUUCUGAAAGCAGCAGUUCUCUGAGCAGCAUUGGUACGACUGGUAAGGCAUCAUCCCCACCACCUGUUAUAGACACAAGACAGAUGAGUGAGAAGCUGGAGACAAUAUUAUAUCAGCUCCGUCAGGUAACUCGAGAGAGGGAUGACCUGCGCAAGAGACUUGCACUUUCGUCUCCUGGAUCAACUUUUGAUGACUGCAGGCCUAGUCCAAAACCAAAUCAUGAUUAUGAAAGACUGAAGAUUCAGUGCAUGAAGGCCAUGUCAGAUCUACAGUCUCUGCAGAAUCAACACACCAAGACACUAAAAAGGUGUGAAGAAGCAGCAAAAGAAGCAGAUUUUUAUCACACGUUGCACAGUCGGCUGCUGAGUGACCAGUCACAGCUGAAGGAGGACAUGGAUACCUUGAAGAGGAAGAACACGCAGUUGGUGCGAGAACAUAAUCAUCUCCAGCAGUCAUGUGAGGAAAUGAAGAGACUUCACGAUGAGGAUCAGAAAGAGAUAACAGACCUGCGCAGCCAGCAGCAGCAGGUCAUGAAACAAAAUGGAUCAUCAGAGAUAUUAAAUAAACUUUAUGAUACAGCAAUGGACAAGCUAGAGGGUGUGAAGAAGGAUUACGAUGCCUUAAGGAAACGGUACAAUGAGAAGAUUGCAAGUCACAACACAGAUCUGAGCCGCCUAGAACAGGCUGAGGAGGAAAACAGACGUCUUCAGAAACAGAAUGACAUGUUAAUGAAGCAAAGGGACACAGCAAUACAUUUUCAGCAGCAAUAUUCGUCCUCUCUUAGAAGAUUUGAAUCAGUACAGCAGGAACUAAGCAACGCCACAGCACAAAACAAAGAGUUGCAGAGAGAGAUGGAGCGGUUACAGUCAGAGGUGACAAGGUUCAAAACAAUGCAGCUGAAAGCAGCAAAGGAUGCAGAAAAAUACAAGGAAGAAAGGGAUUCAGUUUUCAAUGAAUACCGCCUCAUUAUGAGUGAGAGAGAUCAAGUAAUCAAAGAGGUAGAUAAGCUUCAAACAGAGCUGGAGCUUGCAGAGUCUAAACUGAAGAACACUUCUUCUGAAAAGCGAGUGGCUAGUGAAGAGAUGGAAGCUUUAAGACAGGAGCUUAACUCAGCUCUAGUGGAAAGAGAUCGAGCAAUUUGUGAGAGGAAUGAAUUGCUGGAAAAAUACUGUCAUGAAGUGAAGGACAAAGCGGAGGCCCAGAAGGAACUUGACCAAGCUUGCAAGGAUAUUGAGACAGUGAAAGAAGAGAGAGAUGUUGCCAGGAAGGAGAGGACAGAAGCUAUCAUCCAGAGAGACCAUCUGCUAAGGGAAUAUUAUCAAGCCCGUCAGAUACAAGAUUCUGCUACCCUAGACAUAGAAAGAGCAAACAAAGAAAUUGAAAUGCUUCGGAAACAAUAUGAGGCAAUGUCACAAGAACUAAAGGAAGCUGUCCAGGAAGCAGAAGUAGCCAAGUGUAGGAGAGAUUGGGCCUUUCAAGAGCGGGAUAAGAUUGUUGCAGAAAGGGAAAGUAUACGGACUUUGUGCGACAACCUAAGGAGGGAGAGAGACCGGGCUGUUAGUGACUUGGCUGAAGCUCUUCGAAAUCUGGAUGACAUGAGAAAGCAGAAAAAUGACGCUGUUCGUGAACUGAAGGAACUGAAGGAGAAGAUGGAGAAUCAGCUGGAAAAGGAGGCCAGAUUCCGUCAAUUGAUGGCACAUAGUUCCCAUGACUCGGCGAUAGACACAGAUUCUCUGGAAUGGGAAACAGAAGUGGUAGAAUUUGAAAAAGACAGAGAUGAUAUGGACUUGAAAGCACUUGGUUUUGAUGUGGCAGAAGGCGUAAAUGAACCAUACCUUCCUGGAGACUGUGGGAUCUUCGUUACCAAAGUAGACAAAGGAAGUAUUGCUGAUGGUCGAUUAAGAGUGAAUGAUUGGUUGCUGAAGAUAAAUGAUGUGGAUCUUACUAAUAAGGAUAAAAAGCAAGUUAUAAAAGCUGUUCUAAAUGGAGGAGGUGUUAUUAACAUGGUGGUUCGGAGAAGGAAGUCCUUAGGUGGGCGAGUGAUAACACCUCUUCACAUCAAUGUUUCCGGACAUAAAGAUAGUGGGGUCAGUCUAGAAAAUGGAGUAUUUGUUGCUUCUGUUGUGCCUGGAAGCCCAGCUGCCAAAGAGGGUUCCCUUACAGUGGGAGAUAGAAUAAUUGCUAUCAAUGGCAUUGCACUAGAUAAUAAGUCACUUACAGAAUGUGAAGCUUUGCUACGAAACUGUAGGGAUUCCCUUACCCUGUCACUGAUGAAGGUUUUUCCUCAGAGUUCAUCUUGGAGUGGUCAAAAUAUAUUUGAAAAUCUGAAGGAUUCAGAAAAAAUAUCAAACUGUAGGGUUCAUGCAUCAGAGAUACAAGCCCAAAAUAAAAGAAAUCUGAAACUCAACAGCUCAACCCAGACGGACAUUUUCAAUCCAGACAUCAUGGAUGGCAAGAAGGACCAGAGUGAUCAGGGCAGCGGUUCAUUUUGUGAUCACAAACCUUUCCCUAAUAGCACAUUACGAGUAGACUCUCAUAGGAACACAGUGCACAGUUGCCACAGUAAUUCAGAACACAGUCUCAGCUCCUUCAGUCCAGAGACAUAUGGGGACCAAGGCUAUGGAGCUGUUGACUUGGACAACAGGAGGCUGCCUUAUGAAGCUGCAGGAGCUGACUGUAUGAUGGUUGAGACCUCAUUUGACAAAGGACAUGGAACUAAGCAUAGUGGUGGUACCUGGCCAAAAGUCAUGGUUAAUAUCUCAGCAACAGAAACAGAAAAGUUCUCUGUGUACAAAAAGCCAAAACAAAGGAAAUCUAUCUUUGACCCUGAUACUUUCAAAAGACCACCAACUCCUCCCAAAAUGGAGUACCUUUCCCCUAAUCAGGUGACAGGCCAUUCACCUCAGCCGUCAAAAACUGAAGCGGCUUCAACUCCUCCAACUCCUCCUAAGAGAAGUGACUCUAUCAAAUUUAAACAUAAACAGCAGGCAAGCUCUGCAUCAGAAUCUACUGUAACUACUGGAUCGCCACCCACCAGCCCAGCCACUGCCCAAGCUCUAGUUUCCUUGGCACUUAAGCAGGACUCUGCUACUCUCAAGGGGCGCAGCAGGAAUGCUGGGCAUUAUUAUCGGGAGGAGGGAAUUGACUGCACUCAUCUCUCUUCAAGGAAAUCCUGUGAAGAUGACAUUGGCUUUCAAAGAGUUGAAGAGCCAGAGAUUAAAAGACCAAGGCCAAAAUCAGCUCCUGCUCUGAGGCAUAAAAUGACCCCUAUGCCUAUUCCUAAUCCUGCUCUUCAGGUGCAGAAGUAUACUCCAGCUAGUGAGGAGCAUCUAUCUCCGGAGCUACAAGAAUGGGCACCAUAUUCACCAAAACGGUCUGCUAGGCACAGUGAUGGCUUUGUGACUGCUGCCUUAUACGCUGGUGGCAUGUCAGCAGCAGGUACAGUACCAAGAAGCUUAGCACCAUGCCCUGCAGUAACUGCUGUCAUGAGGAAUCCAAUCUAUACUGCCUGGAGCCAUAGAGUUCACACCAGCAAUUGCCCAUCAGUUGCCAGCCAAAUAUGCCAUCAGCAUCUGCAUCCCAGUUCCCAGCAUCAAGGUCGGUUGAGUUUAGACCUAAGUCAUAAACACUCCAAUGACUACUCUGAAAAUUCACGUACAAGAGCAUCUCAUGGCUCAAAUUCAUUACCAUCCAGUGCAAGACUUGGUUCUUCAAGUAACUUGCAGUACAGAACAGAACGAAUUAAGAUCCCUUUAACACCAAGAUAUCCGAGGUCCAUGAUGGGCUCUGACAGAGGCUCCUUGUCACACUCUGAAUGUAGCAGUCCCAGCUUGAUAACUCCUCCACAGUCACCUCUUAACUUGGAAACAUCAUCCUUUUCUAGCAGCCAGUCUCAGAACUCCCUUUCUACAUUACCUAGGAUUUCCAUUAGCCCAGUAUCUGUUGGAGAACGUAGAAAAGAUAGAUAUCUGUUCCGUAAUAGGUCUUUUCUGAAAAUCCCUGUGGUUCCUAGGCCUAGAUUCUCAUCACUAAGGAGUUUGAGGCCCUACAUGGAAGAACCACGUCAUGUUAAAGUGCAGAAGGGUUCUGAGCCACUAGGGAUUUCCAUUGUGAGCGGAGAAAAUGGUGGAAUAUUUGUCUCCAAAGUAACAGGUGGGAGCAUUGCCCAUCAAGCUGGCCUUGAGUAUGGUGAUCAGUUACUAGAGUUCAAUGGAAUAAAUUUGAGAAAUGCUACCGAGCAACAGGCUCGACUGAUCAUUGGACAGCAGUGUGACACCAUUACUAUUCUGGCUCAGUAUAACCCACAUAUGUAUCAGCUUGGCAAUCAUUCACGAUCAAGUUCUCGCCUAGAACCUGUGAGUAAUCAUUCUACUCCUCAAGGCAGUGGAGCUGCAACACCUGACAAUCAUUCCGUAAUUGAUACUGUGAGCGAACAGGAUGAAGGAACAAUGACACCCCCAUCCAAACAAACCACACCAACUACAAGUCCCCGGAAUUCCUUAAGGGGCCCUGUGGACACGAGCAAAAGGACCCCUGAACCUAGAACUGUUUUUGUUAAAAAAUCCCAAGUGGACCUUGGGAUCCAGAUAUGUGGUGGAAACCUCUAUGGAAUAUUUGUCUCAGAUGUAGAUGAUGAUAGUCCAGCAAAAGGACCUGAUGGACUAGUCUUGGGUGACAUGAUACUUGAGUAUGGGUCCAUUGAUAUGCGAAAUAAAACAGCCGAGGAAGCUUAUCUUGAAAUGUUGAAGCCUGGAGAAAACAUCAAAAUAAAGACUCAAUACAGAAUAGAAGAGUUUAAUAAGAUAAAAGAGCUUCCUGGAGAUGGAUUCUAUAUCAGAGCACUUUAUGACCGUCUGGCAGAGGUGGAACAGGAUUUAAGCUUUAAGAAGGAUGACAUUUUGUAUGUUGAUGAUACUCUACCGCAGGGGAACUUUGGUUGCUGGAUGGCUUGGCAACUAGAUGAGAAUGCUCAGAAACUGGAAAGAGGACAGAUUCCAAGUAAAUAUAUGAUGGAUCAGGAAUUCUACAGGAGACACAGCAUGUCUGAGGCUAAAGAUGAAAACAGCUCAUCUAAGACAUUGUCAGCAGCAGCACGGAGGUCAUUCUUCAGAAGAAAGCAUAAACACAAGCGAAGUGGUUCCAAAGAUGGAAAGGAUUUACUGGCUCUUGAUACAAUCAGUACAGACUCAAUUCCUUUCUUAGAUGAUUCUGCAAGUCUGGCAUAUCAGCGUGUACAGAAAGUGGACUGUACCUCUCCUAGGCCUGUCCUUAUUCUAGGACCUUUACUUGAUGCUGUGAAAGACAUGUUGGUCAAGGAAUCCCCUGGAAAAUUUUGCAGAUGUCCUCUUGAGGUUAUGAAAGCUUCCCAACAAGCCAUUGAACGGGGUGUGAAGGAUUGUCUGUUUAUCGAUUAUAAACGGAGGAGUGGACAUUUUGAUGUGACAACUGUAGCUUCAAUAAAAGAGAUAACAGAAAAGGAUUGUCAUUGUCUGCUUGACAUCGCUCCUCAUGCCAUCGAACGGCUCCACAGUGUUCAUAUCUACCCUAUUGUAAUUUUUAUUCGCUACAAAAAUGCUAAACAAAUCAAAGAGCAAAAAGACCCAAUCUUCCUGAGGGAUAAAGUUACACAAAAACAUUCCAAAGAACAGUUUGAGACAGCUCAAAAAAUAGAACAAGAGUAUAGCAAGUACUUUACAGGCAUUGUCCAAGGAGGAGCCCUUUCAAGCAUUUGCACUCAGAUUAUGACAACUGUCGAUCAAGAACAAAACAAAGUCCUGUGGAUCCCAGCUGGCCCGCUGUAGAUUUAUUUUGCUGUGAAACUACUUUGCAGGUGUAAAUAACCAACUAACUUUCUAUCCAAUGGACUCUGUUCAUUUCUGUCUUUAUAAAGAUAUCCAUAAGUGAUUUCUGUUUUAUGAAGGGGAAUGAUAACACUGAACAUCCAAUGACCUGACGAGGCAUGUGGGAAGGGGUAGAUCACUUCACCGAGCUUGUCUCUUACAUCGUACAUGUACACGUGACAGCUUGUCACGAGGGGUUGUGACCUGUGUGUACUUGUCCAUGAGUAAUGAAUUUAACAAUGCUGCAAAAUCCUGUAGAAUGACAAGUUUACAAAAACCUUUUCAAAGUAUUUGGUUGUUGCUGUUUACUUGAAUGUCUCUUUUUUUUUGUUUGUUUGUUUGUUUUUUUUAACUCUGUGUCCUUUCACUUAAUGAGGUAACUCUCCAAAACAGAGUGAAAUUUCUGAACAUGAGUGAAUGGUUUAUGCGCAAUGUGACUCUUAGUUGCAAUUUUGAACAUAUCUGAGCACAUUGUUCACUUGACAACCAGGUAAUAACGUGGGAUUGAAUUGGUACGUCUUGGGAGUAAGCUCAGAAGGAAGUACACUCCUCUACAGGGCAGACCACUGUUUGUAUCCUGUCAAUGCUUGUCUGUCAAAGAUAUCGUUUCUUGUUUUAUGCAUGAAUCUAAUAUUUAAACGUCAUAAUAUAUCUGAACAAUCCAAGCUUAAUGUGUGUUGAGAAAUAAUUCUUGGUUGUUGGGCCUGGAUUAAGUACUGGUGGGGAAGAGUCAUAAGCUAGGCCUAGCAUGCUUUGUUCUGUCACUUUUUAGAUACUGUAAAUAUGGAAAGCUUCUGUCAGUGCAAUUUUGCAGGGUAAUUCUUAAGCUUUGUACUUCAGUGUGUAGCAUUCACAUAGAUUGUUUUUAUUUAAGAGCAGCCACAGUUUUAGGGCUUUGAUUAAAAGCCUUUAGAAAGGUACUGAAUUGUUAGUGUUUUCACUGUUAAAAAAUAAGUGAUCAUUUAGUUUUGGUUGCAAUACUUAUUUACCUGUUGUACCAAACUCCAUUGUAUCAGUUCCCUUUUUGUUUUUUGCACUUCUGACUCUGUGUUCUUAACACAGGUUUUGUACCUGUCUCUUCUGUCUUUUGUGCCAUGUUUCUUGGGUACUGUAUUUUAGUUGUUUAUAGAAUAUCAUUUGAGUAGAACUGCUUCUCAGUCACUGUUACUAACAUUUCAUUGUGUAGGGUUUCUAGUCUUACACUACAGGCUGUAGUUUUGCUUCUAUUUGCAGCUUUUUUAAUUAAAAAAAAGGGAUUCUUCUUGCACAGUUCUUCAAAGAAAGAUCUGGUCCUAAAUUUAAAUUCUGUUUUACAUGAUGCUAUUUUAUAGUUCAGAAUACUUUAUAUAGUAUUUAUAUAGUUACAUACUAUAGAGAGAGUAUUUUGAACUAUAACACAUAAAAAUAUAUAUAUAUAGUAUUAUAUCAUACUAUUAUAAUACUGUAUAUAUACAAAUCAAAAAAUAGGAAAUGGUAUGGAUGACUUACUAGUCAAAGUACUUCUCAUGGUGAGGGACAGCAGUUUUUUUUUGUUUAUCUUAUUUUUUUUGUUUGUUUGUUUUUUAAAGUUUGAGGUCAGAGUUAGACUCCAGUGGUACAAUUGAAACAGACAGGUACUGUUCUGACAUGGAUUUUCUGUACUAAAAUGAAAAUGUCACUUUGUAUCAAAAAAGAAAAGUUAAAGAAACUGAUUACUAAAUAAAGGUCAAUUUCUAUAACUUGA